GAGAGAAGAUGAAAGUUGAGCUGCUGAGGGAAGAGAUGAGAGAGCCGGCAAGCUAGAGGGCAGGAUUUGAGACAGGCCGGAUAGAGCGUUCGAUGAAAUCAGAUUGCUAGGAGUUGGAAGACCGGAUGAUAUAAUUGACGGCGGGAUUGGAGAAGCCGGCAAAACCGAGGGAACUGAUGCAACGGAUGGAGGGCCAGAUGGUAAGCUAGGUGGAAUGGAAACGCCAGAAGUCGGUACUGGAGCUAUUGAAAGGGAGGGUAUCGGCAAAGCGGGAGAGGUAAUUAUAGAAGGAAAGGAUAAGCUUGGCGGUACGGGCAGACUAGAAGGCAACCCGGACGGAGCAGAAGGAUUCAAGGGAACCAGUAAACUGCUUGAAAGCACGGGGGAAAUUGAUGCCAACCCGGACGAUACAGGAAGAUGGAAGUCAAAACUGAAGGUAUUGAUUGGGCAGACGGUAGGACGGAAGAUGGAAGGUAAUGAGGGGUUAGCAGGUAUUCCUGAAGGAGUCGAGGGAACCGGUAGAAUAGGCAAUGAACUAAGAGGCCCUGAAGGAAUAGGAAGACCAGAAGAAAUGAGUAAACCACUUGAAAGGACCGACGAUUGUGGCAAGCCCGAGGGCGGAGAGACACUGGAAGGCAAGUUCGAGAGAAUACCUGGACUAGACGGUAUCGGAAGAGCAGUUGAUGGGUUGCUUGGGAUUGGGGACGCGCUCUGUAAGCUAGACGGUACUGGUAACGCCGAAGAUAGGGGAAGAUUACUUGGCGGACUGGAUGAAAUCGGCAAUAUCGAGAAUCCUGGAAGACUACUUAGCGUAUUGGACGGUAUCGGCAUUGGUGCUGAUGGCUGCAGAAGGCUAGGCGACGGAUUGGAUGGGGCUGGAAGAUUUGAUGAUGUUGGGAUGCCCGAAGGUACUGGGACACUUGUUGGCGGGCCAGAAGCAACGGAAACCCCGGAGGAUACCGACAGCGCUGAGGGAACGACUAGGCUGGACGGUGCAUCUGAUGGCACAGGGACCGCAGAUGAUAUCGGCGAAGCUGAUGGGAUAUUUGAAGAAGCUAUUAGGCCGCUCGGUAACUCUGAAGGUAGGGUUGACAGCGGAACCGAGAUGGAUGGCGUCGGAAGGCUGGUGGGGAAUGCUGAUGGAAGUGGUAGACCGGACGGUGCUGUUGGUGCCGAAGAAACAGCAAGGUUUGAGGGCAGUGAAACCCCAGGUAUUGAACCGGUCGAAACUUGUAGAUCUGAUGGGAUAGGCAGGCUAGAAGGCAGAGGGAAGCCGGAAGGAAUCGGGAGCUCUGAUGGACUGGGCAAGUUCGAAGAAACUUGUAGACCAGAAGGCAAAGGAAGAGCUGAUGGGAGAUCUGAAGGAAGAGUACCGACAGAAGGUAGAGGCAGGCCAGUCAGCAGAGGUACGUUAGAAGACACAGGAAUACUUGAUGGCAGUUCGAGUCCUGAUGGGAGAAGGCCUGAAAUUACAGGGAGACUGGAAGGCAAUCCAACCGCUGACGGUAGAAGACCUGAAGAUAGGGGAACACCUGGAAGCGACUCCAAUGCUGAAGGUAGAGGUAGGCCUGAUGGCAGGACUAUCCCACUUGGCAAUACAAUGGCCGAAGUCAAUGGAAGCCCAGAGGGCAAUACAAUUCCUGAUGUUAGCUGCAAGCCAGAAGGAAGGAUCUGGCUUGGUAGCGGAAGCCCGGAGGACAGAUCAGGUCCAGAAGGCGGGGGGAGAUUACUAGGAGCCUCGAGUAUAGAUGAAGGAAGGCCGCUGGGUAGCGGGAAUGCUGAAGGCAACUCAAGUCCUGACGGAAGAGGGAAAGCAGAAGGCGGCUGAGUUGCCGAUGGAACCACAAGACUUGAUGGAAGCAAUACGCCACUGGGCAAAUUAAGACCUGAUGGCAAGUUGACACUUGGCAAAGUAGGCAAUGAAAGCUCUGAAGGCAGCCCAAGGCCUGACGAAAUCAGGAGACUAGAUGGCAGGAUCUCAAC